AUGGAGGAGCAACAGUUGGGGCAAUUGGAGACUGAUGUCAACUCUUUAGCAACUGGGCAUGAAAGAAUGAUGAAAGAGAUCCAAGAGAUCUUCGCAGCCAUGAAUACUAGGUUGGACCACAUCAUGACCAACCAAGUUCGUGACCCUGGAGAAAGUUCCCACAACCAAAAUCAAAGUGUUAGAGGACCAGGACGAACCCUUGGAAGUGGAGGAACCAACCGCGAAGUACGUAGCAACUCUGCCCCUCAAUAUUUGCCCAAGACGGUGAAGCUUGAUUUUCCAUGCUUCAAUGGAAUCGAGGAUCCGACAAGUUGGGUUUGCCGGGCUGAACAAUUUUACGAUUUUCAUCAAACGCCUGAAGCUGAUAGAGUGCCACUAGCAUCCUUUAACCUUGAAGAUGACGCCCAACUUUGGUACCAAUUGUUGAAAGAAGAGACUGCGAUCAUAUCGUGGGAAGACUUUAAACAAGGACUACUUAACAGAUAUGGGUCUACCCAGUUUCAAGACUUCUUUGGUGAGUUAACAAAGCUACAACAAACUGGUUCCGUAAGAGAAUACCAAGCCCAGUUUGAGAAGUUGCUGGUUCGAGUACGGAGGUUGACACCAUCGCAUCAAGUUGGUUGUUUCAUAAGCGGGCUGAAGGAAAGUAUCAAGGUUGACGUCCAAGCUAGUCGACCUGCCACAAUCUCUGCUGCUAUUGGAUUAGCAAGGCUAUAUGAGGCGCGCUGUUACUCCAAUCGUCGGACUGUUCAACCGGAGGCACGCAAAACAAUUCCUAAUCGUUCUUCAAUUCCUAACUCAAGUCCCUUGCGUAUCAAAAGACUUAGUCCCGCUGAACUCCAUGAUAGAAGAAGCAAAGGUUUAUGUUUCAAUUGCAAUGAAAAGUUCAGCCCAGUACAUCGGUGUAAAAAAUUAUUUCUCAUUGAAGGGAGUUGGUCAGAUGAGGAGGAUGAUGAUGUAGACAUGGAGGUGAUAGAACUCAAGGAAAAUGAAGAAACUCUAGGAAUUUCGCUUCAUGCUAUCUAUGGUGCACGAGCUCCACAAACCAUGAAGGUGCGAGGUCAGAUUGGCCAACAUCAAAUAACACUUUUGAUUGAUUCAGGAAGUACUCAUAAUUUUUUGAAUAGUAAGGUUGCCCGUAAGCUUGGUGUUUCACCUAACUCGACGGGAAGAUUUGAAGUUGUCGUCGCCAACGGAGAAAAGAUUAGCAGCUCUGGCCAUUGUAAGGGAAUUUGCACAAUUAUUCAAGGAGUUCGUAUUACAGCAGAUUACUUCUUGCUUCCAUUAGAAGGGUGUGAUGCUGUUCUUGGUGCCCAAUGGUUGAGUACGUUGGGACCUAUUAUUUGGGAUUUCUCUAAGCUGCAAAUGAAGUUUUGUCAUGAGGGAAAAGAGGUGGUGUUUACUAGCUUAGCUGCUCCAGAAAACAAGGUUGUGGGUGAAAAGGAAAUUACCAAGGAAUUUAGAAAAAAGAAGACAGGGGCUCUAUUGCAGAUUUAUUCUCUCUCAGUGCAGACCACACAAGGUAAUCUCUCAGCACACUUGGAUUUGGAAUUAAAUACACUAGAGUUGCAGCAAAUUUUGAGCUAUUAUCAGGAUGUGUUCAAGGAGCCCCAUGGAUUGCCUCCUCCUAGGACCCAUGAUCACAAAAUUCCCUUAAAGCAAGGAAGCGAAGCAGUUAGCAUGAGACCAUAUAGAUACCCUCAUUAUCAAAAAAAUGAGAUUGAAAAAUUGGUGGCUGAAAUGCUGAACUCUGGGGUGAUCUGA